AGUUUGACAUCUCCUCCGUCUCCAAAGGCUCUAACGUUACCUUAACCAAAGAAACUUUAAAGUAGCUCUCAAGUUUUCGUUUUCAGAAUACUGGGCUAAACGUUCUCUUUCAUCGAGUUAUGUAAACUUCUGUCUAUCGACGUGACCGGGUGAGACAACGAGUUUGGGCCUGUCCUGUUAACGUUGGGCUAGUUAGGAGGUUAACCAAACUGUACAAUGCAUAUGCUGGCGUCAAACGGAUCCAUAAUGGAAUUGAAUCCGGACUUUGUGAAGAUUAAAGCACACUACUGUGGGGACAUUUUAAUCACAGACUUGGCUGCAACAGUAACCUUUGUGGAACUGUGUGAGGAGGUGAAAACAAUGUGCAGUGUUGCCAGGCAGCAGCCCAUCACACUCAAGUGGAUCGAUGAUGAAGGGGACCCUUGUACCAUCUCCUCUGAAAUGGAGCUGGAGGAGGCUUUUCGGAUUUAUGGCCGAACCAAAAGGUCUGGAUUACUAUUACAUGUCUUCCCCAGUAUUCCGGAGCAGCCUGGCAUGCUCUGCCCUGGAGAAGACAAAUCGAUCUAUCGCCGGGGGGCCAGAAGAUGGAGGAAGCUCUACCAAGUGAAUGGACAUCUCUUCCAGGCCAAACGCUUUAACAGGCUGAGAGAUCAGCAGUCUUCAGUAGAAGAUUUAAUUAAGCAUGAAGGUAGCACAUCAGUACCGUUUUUACCACACAACUGUGCAGUAAAUAAAGCAGAAGAUGAUGAGACAGAGGACAUCAAAGCAGUAGUUGAUGGCAUCGAUGGCAUUAAGCUGUCCCAGGGACUGGCUCUCGGGCUGGGAGACUUUGACCUGAUUCGAGUGAUAGGACGUGGCAGCUAUGCCAAAGUUCUGCUGGUUCGUCUAAAGAAGAAUGAGCAGAUGUACGCCAUGAAGGUGGUGAAGAAGGAGCUGGUCCACGAUGAUGAGGAUAUUGACUGGGUGCAGACAGAGAAGCAUGUCUUUGAGCAGGCGUCUACUAAUCCUUUCUUAGUAGGUCUCCACUCCUGUUUCCAGACAGAAAGCCGGUUAUUUCUGGUGAUUGAAUAUGUGAACGGUGGUGACUUGAUGUUUCAUAUGCAACGACAAAGGAAGCUCCCAGAAGAGCAUGCAAGAUUUUAUGCUGCUGAAAUCUGUAUUGCUUUGAACUUCCUACAUGAAAAGGGCAUCAUCUACCGUGAUCUGAAGCUGGACAAUGUUCUCUUGGACCAUGACGGACACAUCAAGCUCACAGACUACGGCAUGUGCAAGGAGGGGAUCAGACCAGGUGAUACCACCAGUACUUUCUGUGGAACUCCAAACUACAUAGCGCCAGAGAUCCUGAGAGGAGAGGACUAUGGCUUCAGUGUGGACUGGUGGGCCCUGGGCGUGCUGAUGUUUGAGAUGAUGGCUGGGAGGUCCCCAUUUGACAUCAUUACUGACAAUCCUGACAUGAACACGGAGGAGUACCUCUUUCAGGUUAUUCUUGAGAAGCCCAUUCGGAUCCCAAGGUCUCUGUCAGUGAAAGCUGCCAGCGUGCUCAAGGGCUUUCUAAACAAGGAUCCCAAGGAGCGGCUGGGUUGCCAGGUCCAGACAGGCUUCACAGACAUCAAGUCACACACUUUUUUCCGCAGUAUAGACUGGGAACAGCUGGACAAGAAAGAGGUGACGCCGCCCUUCAAACCUCAAAUCUCUGAUGAGUAUGGCCUAGAAAACUUUGACACGCAGUUUACUAAUGAACCAGUGCAGCUAACACCAGAUGAUGAGGAUGUGAUCAAGAGAAUAGACCAGUCAGAGUUUGAAGGAUUUGAAUACAUCAACCCCCUGCUGCUAUCCACAGAAGAGUCUGUAUGAAGGAGAGACCAGCUUCCUCCUUCGCCCACCUACUGUCUGUCCAAGCUGUUGUCAAAGGAAAAACAAACAAAAAACCAAACUUCCAAGCCAACUCAGAAAGAUGAAGUAAAGGACAACAGGGAAGACAAGUGCACCCUCUGGACCUGUCAACCAGAUAAGGCAGGAGCAGGAGAAGGAAAGAGUUCUUUCCUGGACAAUUCUGAUUGUUUUAUUGGGGUACCAGACUCUUAUUUUGGUAUCUAAAGGAAAACAGACAGCAGACUACAUUCCCCGGUGUUAUGUUGUCUUCUCCUUUUCUUUUCUUGUUCAUUCCUUUUCCCCCUGUCAGAAUGUCCAUCCUUGCAUCAAAGCAGGACUGGCUUUGUAAUUUCAAAAGAGAAAUGUUUCAUUCUGUGCCUGCCACCAUCAACGCAUUUCAACCCAUCUCACACCCCUGGAUGAAUAUGACAGUUCUGCUGAAGAACUUGAAAUAAUUUAUGUGCACUUUUUUAAAUUGUUAAUUUCUUUGUUUUCUAUCUUGAUGGGGGGGGCAAUGCCUCACACAAAGCAAGAAUGUACAAUGACAAAGGUAAAAAAUGUUAUUGUGUAUUAUAAUGUAGCUAGUGAGCCCAAAAUUGAUGCCUUUUUAUUGAUGCAAGUGGCACAGUUUCGUCCAUAACCACAAACCUUUCUUUGUGUUAUGUUCUGUUAUUUUCACAAACAAGGGAGGAAAACACUAACUGGGUGACAACUUUUUAUUUUAAGAAGUGCCUCAAAGAUCCAAUGAAUUCCCACGGUUCUGAUUGCACCUCUAUUGGACAUUUCUUCACCGAUCAUGGCUUCAGCAGGUAAAACAGCUGAAAUGCUGCCAGGGUUCGUCCAAAAUCUUAAAAUCUGUAGGGAGUCAGUAUGUUUGGAGCUCAGUAAGCUGCAUCAGUCCUGACACAUAAAUGAAACUUCUUAUUUUUAAUGAAUUGUUCAAAUAAUCAGUAUAUACAUUUGAAUCUAUAGACAGAUUCACCAGAGCAGCUUGUAAGCCACCACUGGAAGAGACCUGACCUUUUUCAUUAGAGAUGAAACUCAGUGCUUGAUGUAUAUUUUCAGUAUUUCACAGUAAAGGCUAUGGCCCACCUAAAGAGUUUCCCAGUGCCCGAUUUGUCAUCAGAUAGGUGCUGUUCGGCGUAGACUCAGUACAUGUCUGCAUCUUUUAUAUGAAGGUGUAUGGUAAAUGGACUAGUUCUUAUAUAGCGCUUUUCUACUCAGUCUGAGUACUCAAAGCGGUUACACAACACGUUUACAUUUACCCAUGCACUCCCAUUCAUACAAGCACUUCCAUGU